AUGAGAGAAGAACUUAUCGAUGCGGCAAUAUCUACUCUCAAGGCUAACGGAGCUGGUCCAGUACCUGAACGAAUCCCCAUCUAUCCAGUGGUGUCCUGCGACUCCGAACAACUUGCGCAUCUCCGAUCUAUGGGUCUUGCUGAUCUUACAAGCACAUUCCACGCUGAAGCUGGCACCCAGCCGAACAUUGUUCCCGACCCCUUGGUGCCCACUCAGGAACCGGAAGCCCCAUCCACAGCAGUGCAACUCAUAAGGCCCGGACAGGGUCACGAUCAACCAACACCCGCCCAAGUGCCAGAGACCGCAAACGCAUCAAUGCAGAAAUUUCGGGACAUGUCAAGCGACACUUAUCAGGCUUCCCUCGCCGCAACAUGGGGCACAGCCUCCGUUGACAGCAAUUACGACCUUGAUGCGUAUUUGGAGAGGCGCAAGAAAGGGAUUGAGGGCCGCAAGGAUUUCUUCAUGGAUGCUGAGGAAGAUAAGUCUCUCCAAGCUGUUCAGGAGCUCCUAUUGAAGUGGACGACUGUGGACGAUCCUGUUGUUUGGGAGAACAGUAGCAAACAACUGAGACUACUUACUCAGGGGCCCUGA